CACAGCCCGAGUCCCAGCGCUGAGUGGAUGGUUCAGGACUGCUGUCGCGUGCUCCCUGGCUAACAAGCUCACGACGCACACAGAGCAUCCCAAAAGUGAAGCGUGGGAAGGGGUGGCUCGUUAAUCCGGGGAGUAAGAGUCAUAUUUGUGAAUGAUUUCCUCCUGGGGGUGAGGGGGCGAUGCAAAUGAGCAUAAAGGAAGUUGUCAGCAGCACCGCGCGCCGGCCAAUCGCAGCAGAGCUCCAUCUUAGCUGUGCCAUAGGCUGCAUUAAAACAGGGAACGGCACGGCGCUCUCUCAGCAUCCUUUCAGACAAGAGCCCCCAAAUCUGUGACAGGGAAUAAGCUAAAACAACUCCUCAAGAAUGGCAACCCUCAACAGCACUCACUGGAAUGAGACAACAUCCAUCUACCAGUACCUGGGCUUUCAAGUGCAAAAAAUUUACCCUUUUCAUGACAACUGGAACACUGCCUGCUUUGUUAUUCUGAUCAUAUUCAUCUUUACUGUAGUUUCUCUGGUGGUGCUGGCUUUCCUCUACGAACUGUUAGACUGCUGCUGCUGCGUGAAAAAUAAAACUGUGAAAGAUUUGGAGAAUGAACCCAAUCCUGUUAGAGCAAUGCUGAAAAGCUUCAGAAAGCGUGAAACAGAGGUGGUGUAGGAAGAGCUGAUCAUCAGCACGUGGAGAUCAUUUAACACCUUGAACCAAACCUCUUGUACCUUCCGGACAAACAUGUUCCUUGCAUUUUUUUCUUUUUUUUUUUUUGGGGGGGGGGGGGGAACUUAAAUAGAAUGAUAACUGCUACUGUUGCAUCUCUGGCUGUGAACAUGCACCCUUAGCAAGGGCUUUCUGAGCACUUAGCUGAAGGAUGAUCUGUUGCAGUGUUACAGAGGAAGAAAAGUUCUUUGUUUUUAAAUGAAUUUUUUUUGUUCAUACUGAGUUACUGGAGUAGAUCCUUGACUACCUGAACGAACAGUGUUGCUUAACAUGCAUACAACUAAGUUGCUUAACCAGAGAAAACACUUAGAAAAAUGCUCAACAAUCCAAUCAUACGUAGCAUGAUGAUACCACACUGUUCUCCCACUGGGGUGAAUGUACAGGGACAAAACAGACAUAUAGGGAUAAGGGAAAAAAGGAUGCAAGACAUUAAGAUUUAAAGGAAAAAUCCCAUGAGACAGGAGAGCCUCGUGUGAAUUUUUGCCACCAGUAGUUGUUCUCACUAUGGGUUCCUCACCUUUAAGAAAAUAUGGUGGUGGCAGGAAAGUAAGUCAGGAUGAAAUUCAUCUCUAAAAUAGCCUUUUCUAACCUCCUGUGGUGCAAUUAGAUGCCUUCUCCCUCCUUCCUCCAGUUCCAGAGAACCACUCUCCCUUUAUUGCACUACCUUAAGACUAUCUUACUACUUCCACAAAAGCACACUGAAGUGGGAUCACGGUCGAGAAGAAGCAGGGUCAUCUUUCUAUCCCAAGGCUGCUGCCUCUAUGCCAACUACGACACUACAGUGAAUCUGACACACUGAUCAUAUUAUUCCUGUCUCAACUUCUCAAAGCUGAACUACAACAGAGUUCUUGCCAAAACACAGGCUGACAGGUUGCAGAUUUUCCUAGACCAGUGACAGUAACUUCUCCCAGCCAGCAUGCAGUUUUCAGGUGCUGAUAUGCUUCACAAAGGAGGCCACAUCAUGAUAAGCCAAGCACAAGAGACGGUGGGAUGGACGCACAGCAAGAUGCAACCUGGUUCUGCACAAUUGAACUUCAGCUCUUUGUCAGCCUGCAGAUACAUUCCACAGAGUUCACGCUCUCAACUCUCUCACAAGCUGACCACGUAAAACUCGGACUAUAAGCUUUUACCUCUAACUCACCACAUCAUUCUUCUGCAUUGAGUUGCAUCUAUAGGUCUUAAAACAGUGAAGUUUUGUUUUUACAAAUUACAGCUGUAGUAACAAUCAACAGUGCGGCCUUCAGCAUAACCUGUUAAGUCUCUCUCUCGC